AUAUUCGAGAAAGAAUAAGUCAUUUUUGAUGUAUACCACUGCUGUUCUCUUAUUCGGAAUAGGCUUUACAUAUGCAUCAGCACCUCUUUAUCGAAUCUUUUGUCAAACGACAGGUUUUAGUGGAACACCAAUGACAGGAACUUCGACAAUAGAUCCCAAUCGUCUUGUGCCGGUCAAAAAUUCUCGUCGAAUAAAGGUAACGUUCAAUGCAGAUACUUCACGUGCUCUUCAUUGGUCUUUUACUCCCCAACAACGGGAGGUGCGUGUUUUACCAGGAGAGACUGCACUCGCAUUUUAUACUGCAAAGAAUGAAUCAAAUCUAGAUAUUAUUGAGCAAAUGUUGGGAGCUGGAGAACAGCUGGAUAUGCCAGUGUUCUUUUUUAUUGAUCCAGAAUUUGAAAAUGAUCCAUUGAUGAAAGACGUGGAUACAGUCACUUUAUCUUAUACCUUUUUCAAGGCAAAAUAUGAUGACAAUGGUGUAUUGAUACCAAUUCCAGCUUAA